AUGCAACAAGCCCCCCCAAAAACGCCACCGAUUAUACGCUUCCAUAAAAUCACCAUCUUCCAGCUGUUGGAUCCGACGUUUUACCGCAUUGUCCAAGUCCACAAACUGGAUGAAGGCAUUCCCUUUGCGAGGGACAACAGUGAGUCCGAGGGCGAGGUAAUCGCAUAUAAAUGCCGAGAGGUGGUCUAA